AAGGAAUUGAAAGGGAGAAAUAAAGGAAGCCAAAAGAAGGAACAAGAAUACAAAAAACUCAUCUUUGUUCUGGUGUCUGAUAGCAUGCACGUCUGGUCCUGUGAUCAUGACCACUGAGACUCUCUUUGCAUGUCGUUUUUCACCCUCUUCGUGAUUCUCUCUUCUCACAGAGGAGAAGAACGGAAGCCGAGAAACCCGGGGAAAAAUAGAACACUGGAUUUCACUGCAGUUUUCCUCUUUCAAGCUGCUGAUGAUGUUUGCCUCGUUGAAUCCAUGGCAGUGUCUUUGUGAAACUCUUGUCCUUUCAGUGAGAGAUCUAGAGUAAUAGUUGGUGACAACAACAAGCUCUCAUCAUGACAGAUUCUGGGUCUUCAUCAUCUCCAGCUGAAAAUCACAGGAAAUCUGGUUCUUCUUUCUUCAAUUCUCCAAGGUUGUUCACUAAUCUGUCACCAAAAAGUUUCAAUGAAGCUGAAACUAUGAUGAGUCCUACUUCCAUACUCGACAGCAAACCAUUCUCUGGGUUGAAGAACCCGUUCUGGUGUGAAUCAAACAGCCCCAGAACACCAGGGGGUGGUGAAGUCAAGCGUUGCUGGGAGAAUUUGGACUCCAAAGGUGUUGGUCUUGGCCUUGUUGAUGCUCUUGUUGAUGAUCACAAACAUGGUGAAGUGAAUUCAAAAUCUGAGAGCAGAAUGGUUCUGUUUGGAUCUCAGCUGAAGAUUCAGAUUCCUCCUCUAACACCCACACCAACUUUUUCCAGUGCUGAUUUUGCCAUCAAGACGAGGAAUUCUCAGUUGGAUUCUUCAUCUGGAAGCUUUUCACUGUCUCCUAUGGGGAAAUAUCCAUCUGGGUGUGCCAAUUCUCAUCAAGUCUUCACUGGGUGUCUCUCUGCUAGUGAAAUGGAGCUCUCUGAGGACUACACUCGUGUGACUUCGCAUGGUCCUAACCCGAGAACUACUCACAUAUUUGAUAAUUGCAUCAUUGGGAGUAGUUGCUUUGGUGCUGGAUCAUGCUCUGCUGCUUCUGCCAUGGAAAAUGGGUGUUUUCCUCAUCACACAAGCUAUUAUCCAUCUGAGAGCUUUCUCAGCAACUGCUUUUACUGCAAAAAGAAUCUUGGCCAGGGUAAAGACAUCUACAUGUACAGGGGUGAGAGGGCAUUUUGCAGCCAUGAAUGCCGUUACCAGGGGAUGCUGUUGGAGGAAGGGAUGAGCAAAUUGGAAGCUGAGGAUUUUUAUAUGACUUAGUUAGUUCCAAUCCCUUAGCUCCCCAUCCAAACAAAACCAUUCAACUUUCCUCCAAAUGUCUUAAGAAUAAUACACCCUCUUCAUUUUUAGUUUUCUAGAUUCAUUUCUAGGACACAAAAUAGUCCUUGGAAAUCCUGGAUCACUGUACCUGGUUUUGAUCUUUCUUUCAGCUUCUCAACCUCUCUGAGAUAAAGAUGUGUAGAAGAUAGAGAUGAACUGAACUGAAAGGCUGAGAUGCUGUUGAGGUGCUUUUGUUGAAAUGAUGAAUCAUGGGAUUGCUUUUGGCUUGUCAA